GUAAUUUUUCAGAGGUAAUAUGUCGACUAAAGCUUUAUCAGGAAAAGUAUUUUUAUUAAUCACUGGUGCAAGUCGUGGAAUUGGAAAACAAAUUGCAAUAUCAUUUGGUUCAAUUCUGGAAAAAGGUUCACAUGUUCUUUUAUUAGCUACAAAUUUAGAUGCUUUAAAAGAAACAGCAAAAGGUAUUCCUGCAAGUAUAUUUGUUCACAUUGUUAGUGUUGAUUUAGCCAAAGCAACAAAAGAUAAAUUGUAUGAUAUCAUAACACAGUGUUUGAAUAAUGAGCCUUUAAAUCAGUUUGAUCAAAUAAUUGUAAUACAUAAUGUUGGUUCAAUAGGAAAUAUUAAUCAGUGUACAAAUGAUAUGACUGACAUAAGUAUCUGGCAUGACUAUUUUAAUUUAAAUGUUUUUAUUCCUGCUAUAUUAAAUGGAGUCAUUAUGCAAAUAUUUAAUGAAAGUACAAAUACAAAAAAAAUAAUUGUAAACAUUACAUCACUGCUUGGCAUAGAAGCAAAAAAACUAUUGGGUUAUUAUUGUAGUGGAAAAGCAGCCCGAGAAAUGUUCUUUAAAGUGUUUGCAUUAGAAAAUCCACAGGUCAACGUAAUAAAUUAUUCACCAGGACCAGUUGAAACUGAUAUGUAUCUUGAAAUUUGCACUAAAGUUGGUGACAAGGAAAUUAAAGCACAGUUUAAUGAUAUGUUAACGAAAAAACGUGUUUUAACCUGUGAACAAACAGUUAAUCGCCUUUUAACAAUUCUUAAAGAACAAAAGUAUAAAUCUGGUGCUCAUGUUGACUAUAAUGAUGAAUUAUAAACAACGUAAAUUUUU